AUGUUGAUAUAUGUCCAAUCUGUCAUCCCCUCUGCCCAUUGUUUUGAACCGCUAAUCGGUUUACCUAACAAGCAAUCUGCGACCCGGCAUCGCAGUAAACCGUGGAUAUGCCUGAUACCAUCUGGAUGUCUGAGGAACACCGUCACUAUCGUGGAGAUAGGAAUCACCAAUCAAGACAACCUAGUGGAUACGGAGAAGUUUAAGAAGCAGAAGUAUGAAGACCUUAUCGAGGACCUCAAGGCGCGACAGUUCAACCAGCAGACCGAGACCCGGAUUAUCACCUACAUUAUGACGUGGGAGGGAAUAGCGACAAAGGAGCACAGGAAGUAUAGACGGGACCUGGGCAUAUCGGAUCGCAUGGAAGCCCACACACAACGGCUAGUGAUCCAAGACACGUUAAAUAGUGAUGAGGGACAUGAGACCGAGAGAAGACUACGAUUCCGUAGAAGACCCUCAGGCCCAAACUGGAUGGAUGCCUGCAUGGAUGGCACCAGUGACGAUCGGCAAUGGACAGACUCGGAACCCGCAGACGGUGCCAGCGUGAGGCGGCAGUCUUGGUAA